AUUGCAUCAUAACAUAGGCCCGCCGUGAAACUUUGACAUCACAUGGCGAAAACGUACAGCCCAAUAAGAUUCACGCGUUAAUCGGCGGCCGUGGGAGCUGUUUGUUUGGUCGUUUCUGUCUCUCCAGUAACCUCUCCUGUCGCUUCCCACAAACAAACAACCCCUUCGCCGCCGCCGCCGCCGACGUCAGUAAUGCUCAGGAGCUCCUUUCUGGGCCCUCCACCUCCUCCGUCCUGCCUCUUCCGCCGCGUCUCACCGGAGCCCGCCUCGGCCAUCCGCCUCCGAGUCUCCGCCGCCCACGCGGAAGCUUCCCCCUCCUACGUCGCCGCUAUGUCCCGGCCUCACCCCUCCCUCGAGGUCGUCGGAGGGGCCCGGCAGGAGCUGUUCCUCCCCGUACUGGAGGCCCUGGGGCGGCCCUACUCCCCCUUCCCGCUAAUCGGCUGGAACCGCCACCUGGAGACAAUCUUCGCCUCCUUCUUCAGGUCCCUCCCCGACGUCAGGCUCCGCCGCCGCUGCCUCCGCACUCCCGACGGCGGCUCCGUCGCCCUCGACUGGGUAUCCGGCGACGACCGCCGCCUCCCCCCCAAUUCCCCUGUUCUCAUUUUACUGCCUGGUCUAACGGGAGGUAGUGAGGAUACUUAUGUGAGGCACAUGCUCCUGAAAGCUCGAAGCAAGGGAUUCCGGGUCGUGGUGUUCAAUAGUCGGGGCUGCGCAAACAGCCCUGUCACUACUCCGCAGUUUUAUUCGGCUUCUUUUACGGGGGAUCUUCAAGAAGUAGUUGCUCACGUGGGAAGUCUGUACCCCAAAUCCAAUUUAUAUGCUGUCGGGUGGUCUCUUGGGGCGAACAUUCUCGUCCGCUACCUGGGUCAGGAAUCUCAUACUUGUCCUCUUUCGGGAGCUGUGUCAUUGUGUAAUCCUUUCAAUUUAGUCCUUGCAGAUGAGGAUUUCCGUAAGGGCUUUAACAAUGUCUACGACAAAGCUCUAGCUCGUGCUCUCCGCAACAUUAUCAAGAAGCAUCUACUUCUCUUCGAAGACAUGGAGGGUGAAUACAAUAUUCCACUAUCUACUAGUGCUAAAACUGUAAAAGAGUUUGAUGAAGGACUGACCCGAGUUUCUUUUGGUUUCAAGUCGGCAGAUGAGUACUACGCUAACUCAAGCAGUUCAGAUAGCAUAAAAUAUGUCCAUACGCCUUUGCUUUGUAUCCAGGCAGACAAUGACCCCAUUGCACCAGCUAGAGGAAUCCCUCGAGAAGACAUCAAGGAAAACCCCAACUGUUUGUUAAUUGUGACUCCCAAAGGAGGCCAUCUUGGGUGGGUUGCAGGUGCUGAGGCUCCUAUUGGAGCUCCUUGGACCGACCCCAUUGUGAUGGAAUUCCUCGAGCACUUGGAGAGAGGCGGAGCAUCUGAAACCCAUGCGUCUUCUAUAGAAUUGGAAGCGUCCGGACAAUCCAUUGAUAACGUGCAGUGCGUUGAAGUGUAGUCCCAUUGGACUGUACAUGUGCUCAAAUCAUUUUUUUAUGGAUGUUCUAAUGUUGUUACUGUGAUAAUGGGAUAUAAGUAUCUUCAAUGUAAGAGGUCGUAUGAGAUGGUGCUGCCAAGAUCCUGAAUUCAUGACCUUAAUACGGCACAAAAUCUCGCGUUGUACAAUCUCACUAAAUAAGCAAAUAAAAGUUCAAAAUUUGGAUUUUGU